CCCGAAUGACCAUUUUAGCUCAGGGAUGUGGUUGUGCAUCCCCGCCCCUUGAAGUUGCGACGCGACUCCGGCCGCUGGAGAGUCGAUCCCCCCCCCACGCCCACCAAUUUGGUUCCGUGGCCAUGGCCUGACACUUGCCACGCUGCCGCACGUUGUGCCCUUGACAGGCAGAUCAGAACCUGCACAAGUCGAAGCAACCGUGCAGAGACGCCCGGGCACACGACGAUGCACCGUGCAUGAUUCUGCUCGAGCCGAGGGACCGAAGAGGUCGCGAGGCCCUCAGCGAUCCAUGGCGGGUGGCCUCGACCGCGACAGGCUCCUGAAGAUAGAGCUCCUGGCGGACGAGGUCCUCAGGGCGCAGGAGGACCUCCUCAGCCUGGAUAGGCACCUGAACGGCCGCAGGGAGGCCCUCGGGAGCUUCCGCCGCGGCGAGUCGCGGGGCGGCACCCAGUGGGUCGCCACGGAGGGGCAGUUCCUACGGCUGCCGAGCGCCUCCGCCCGCGAGUGGCUCUCCAGGCGGCAGGAGCAGACGCAGGCCGAGGUGGCGCAGACGCGCCAGCGCCUCAAGGCCGGGACGCAGGCGCUGCUCGCGGAGCACCCGCACGCCACGGACCUGCCGCCGGGCGUGUGCCAGCUGCUGCUCCGGGAGCGGCGGCGCGCCGGGGCCGCCGGGGAGGGCCCGCCUGCUGGAGAGGCCGAGGCCGGGGCGGCGGGGGCGCGGCGGCCCGCCGCGCCGAGGCCCGCGGGGAGCGGCGACAGGCUCGACUACUCCCGGUUCAGCCGCAUCGGCGACUCCGACUCGGACGGGUGAGCUCCGCGGCGGCGCGGUCGGCGCCCUGCUCCUGCUUCCUUCGGCACCGUUUCACCGAUUCCCAUCCCCAUCCCCGCCACGCUCCCGGGGAUAGGGGUCGAGGAAGCGAUGCCCAUCGUCCCCCUUGCGCCCGGGACUGCCUGUCGCAUCCGGCCGCAGCCUGGGCGCGGCCGCGCGCUCGUCGACAGGGGCUUCGCGGCAGGAGGGAAAA